GAGGCAUUUGGCUUUAAUGUUGUUUGUUGUCAAGAACAACUAGUUUGUUUUAAAUAGAAAUCUAGAGGAAACAACGCUACCAGUUCAAGGUUUGAUCGAUAAUUUCAAUAAGACAGAACAGAUGCGUACAUGCACUUAAAAAUUGAUCUCUUCGUUUCGGUAUUCUGUGCCUAAAUUUUUCAAGCGAGCGGUUGAUAAAGGACCAUGGCCAAAAAAGGAGGAGUGCAGCAAUUACAGGUCGAUAUUCAAAAUGACGAUGAUUUCGAAAAAUUCUUAGAAAGACCCGGUUUGUUAGUCUUGGAUGUUUACUCCGACUGGUGUGGUCCUUGUCUUGGUAUGUUGGGCAGCUUGAAGAAAAUCAAAUUGGAAGUGGGUGGUGAUAAUUUGCACUUAGCUAUAUGUAAAUCAGAUGGUAUUACGGCGUUGAGACGUUUUUUACGUAAGAGCGAACCGACUUGGCUGUUUGUGACUGGAGGCAAAGCUGUUAACAUAUAUUUUGGUACCAGUGUUCCAGUGCUAAUGAAGUUAAUUACUAACGAGCUUAAACAGCUCGGCAACACUGCGAGACCGAUGUACGAUGUUACGGAAUUGCAGCCAAUUGAAGUGAAACGUUGGAAAAUUAAAGAAGAUGCUAUUGCCGAAGCUGACGCUAAAGAGAAGGCAGACAAAGAAAAAAAGCGUGUCAAUUAUCUUAUGUACGUCACAGACACUAUAAUGGACGCUUUACCUGAUAUGGGUGUUACUUUGUUUGGUCCUCAAGUAAACCGCGAUAUGUUCAAAAAGUUGCAGGAACCAGCCGACGCACUUAAAAUACAAUGCAAAGAUCGUAAAAUGGCCGUUUUAACUAAAGAACAAUUCGAUAUAAUCAAUUUCCAAUCUUUGAACCCGUUGACACCAGAUGUUAUUGAACAAUUACAUGGCAAGGAAUGUUUAUGUUGUUUCUGGAAAAUACCAGACGAAGGCAAUAACAUCGCGGUGUUUUUAAAUAAAUAUGCACAAGAGUUAACAACGACAAAAUAUGUACCGGCAGAUGACUUCCAUGAAGAGCAAGAAAUUCCGCCCAUAUUGACACCGAUGGAUAUCAAAGUGGAAAUUGAAGUCGGUGAUGAUGAAGAAUGGAUAGAAGAACCUGAGCCAGAGACGGCAGCGCAACGCGAAGCCAGAGAGGAAGCCGAAGCCGCUGAAGAAGAAGAAUUUGAAGAUGAGGAGGAAGAAGCUGCUACUGCUGCUGCUGGUCCACCCGAACCGCCGCCCAUGGAUAUGCCCCCAAUGGAUUUGGGCUUAGACACAGUAGAAGAGCCGGAACAAGAGGAAGAAGAAAAACGCGUAGAAGAAGCACCCAAAAAAAGAACACGCAAAAUAACAAUUCAAGUACCGCCAAUUUGGGUGCCUAACGAUCAUCGUACCCACGCCGCCCUUAUUUAUGUUUUCUUCCGGCCAGCCACCACAGCAUUUUUGCCCCCCGAUCCAAAACCAGAACCGCCACACAUCAUUAUGGCUUUUGAUGCAUAUAAAAAGAAAGAUCUAAUAGCUCACGCCGAACGUAAUAAAAUCGAUGUGCCUCUGUACGGGUUCUUUACCAGCGAUGAUCCAGAUGAAGCUAAAUUCAUAGCUAGUUCGGAUAUUAAAUAUUCACAGAAGGAACAUAGACCAGCGGACAAAUUGAUAUUUAAGGUCAAUAAAGCUACAUCGAAUACUAUGUUAUCUUUGGUUACAUAUGGUCCUAGCUAUGUCAGUCCCAAUACUGUCAUAGGUCGCGACGAAGCUAAGAAAUUCUUCCCAGAAUCUUAUAAGACCUAUGAACAGGAAAUGGCGGAACAAACUCAGGAAGAAAUCGAAGAAAACAGACGAACGCAAUCGAAGACGAAAUCUAAAAUUGGUUUCGCUCCAUCACUCGUCCCCAAAGCUCAAGAACCAACCGAAAUGACUACGGAAGCAGAGAUACCCGAAGACCAGCCAGUCGCUUCUGCUGAAGGUGAUGUAUCCGAGAUGCAGCCAGAAGCUGCCGAAAUGUCUGCGGAAGCACCAACUGAAACAGAGGCUCCUGCAGGAUAAAUAC